AUUUCGAGUCGAUAAGUAACAUAAUUACCUUUCAAUUAUUCCAAUCAAAUGAAUGCUAUGUAUAUGUAAACUAGCAUUAAAAAAAGAAGUAAACGCUGAAUGUUCUUGUAUUUUUAAUUGAUUAAAAAAAAUGAAUCAUUCUAACCUCAAAUCUAGACGAUUAAUCAGCUAAUUAGUCGUAGAAAAAAAUUAACCUCAAAAUGGUAGUUUGCGAAUGGCUGGUGGAUAAUUAUUACGCGUGGUAAUUAAAAAUAUAUACAAAAGAAGAAAGAAAAGAAAAAGAAGGAUAUGUGUAAUCAUGGUCGAUGGUACACUAGCAAAUAGUACGUCAGUGCGUUGUCAUCGAGGAGAGGCCAAUACACAGACAUACACACAGACACAUAAAACGAACCUUGGCACGCGUGUUUAUAAUGACAUAUACACUUAGAUAAAUGUGUGUAAGUGUUUUGUUACGAUAGUAUUGUAAUUGUAUUAGUAAUGGUGAUGGUGGUUAUGUCGUCGUGGAAGAGAUCAGCAGGCGAUUCAUGUAUCCGUGUGAUCGUCAGUGUGUCGUCCAAAAAUAGAUAAAUGGGCGACGAGCGUGCCGUUGUCCUCUGUGUCGGUGGUUCUACUAUCUCUACGCAAUGUUAUCGAAUAUUGAAAUGAUUUAAGAAUCAAUCAAAUCUUAGGAGUUCAUGGGAUAGCAUGGAGGUGCUUAGAACUACUCAAGAAAUCGUUCACGAAGGAUGGCUCAUCAAAUCUCCACCUACUAAGUUAUGGAGAGCUCGAUGGAGGAAACGUUGGUUUGCUCUUCGACACAGCGGUGAAUUACCUGGACAAUAUUUUUUAGAAUAUUAUACUGACAGGCGAUGUAGAAAGUUGAAGGGACGCAUCGAUUUGGAUCAAUGCGAACAAGUCGACGCUGGUCUCAGGUUUGAAAAUUGUAAGCAAAAGUAUCAGUUUACGUUCAACGUUAAGACACCAAAGAGAACUUAUUAUUUGGUUGCCGAGAGUGAGGCAGAUAUGAAUAAAUGGGUUGCUGCAGUUUGUCAAGUUUGCGGCUUAAAAGCUUACACUCAAGACGAGGAACAACAAUGUCAAAUGUUUCAGUACGAAUCCCAAGAAUCACCACCAAUCUCUCCGACUAGUACAAUCUCUGGACCUUAUAUUCCUAUCAGCGAAUGUAUAUCCGGUCGUCGUCUUAACGAUACCAGCUCUCUUAGUUCAGGAAUGGGACAAGGGCCAGAACAUUACGAUGCUCCAAGAAGAUUAGCUCCUUCGCCACCAAGAUCACCUACUACUACUGACGCAGAAAGUGUAUUUACAGAUGACGAGUGGACUGCUCCUGUACCUAGUGUCAAUUGGGAUACUUUUCCACGCACAGCUGAAUCCAGAGCUCACAAUUCUGGUGAUGCAGAAAUAGGUUCAUGGAGUGUAAGAAAGAGGUUUGGAAAGUUAAGAAUCGUAGAUUCGACUGUCCCACCAGAUGUAGAAAAAUUACCGGUUCCUCCAAGACCGCCUAAACCAGCUCACAUGUUACCUGAAAAUCCAGGUCACAAUUAUUUAAAUUUAGACGGUGCAACGGAAAGUUCGAAGCCUACGACUCCUGCAACACCAGUUGCAAACACAGCACCAGUUGGAUCGAUAACGGAUGAAUCUUAUGAUUUCCCGAGAUCCCAUCAACCUGGACAAGCAUCGGAAAAACAUGUUUAUUCAAAUGCUGCACCUACUACAAUAGAAGAUACACGUGUUUUUCGUUAUGAUUUUCACGAGGAUGAACCACCAAGUCCACGAUCGGAAAGUUCGGUAACAGCUACUUAUUCCAAUUUACCAAGUCCUUUGAUACGGGAUUGCGGCUCUGCUCCAACACCAUCAUCAACCGUAGCUCCACCUCCACCUGUGGUGUACAGAGAAUUAAAACCUGGUAGAAAAACCAGUGACUCAAUAUCAAUAAUUAGCAAUGAAGCAUCACCUGGUACAACAUUGCCAACGUUAGAAAUGAGUUCGUCAGAAAAUUCUCCAGCUGAACCGCCUAGUAUUAAUAGGAAACUUAAACCACCAUUAAACAAGUCACCCAUUGAAGGACCUUUGCAACUUGCUUCCCCCCCUGGAAGAGGUAGAAUGCGAGCAGCACCUAGUCCAACUCCUCCAGUACAUACACAUAGUAUUCGACAUCAGUCAACGUCAGAUGAAGAUAAUAAUGCUUUUGACGAUAAAGAAGAGAUAUAUUAUUAUCAAGAUCAAAAUAAUACAUUCAUUCCUGCAUCAAGUCGACGGUUAGUUGUGUUACAAUAUCUUGAUCUUGAUUUAGAAGCAAGUGAAAGUUUUGCUUCGUCGACGUUACCACCUGCUCAAUCACCACCAAAUAAUACGGUAUACAAAACUGUUGAUUUCUUAAAAACUGAGGCUUUCAAUCGUACACGACAACGUGUAGAAGAAGAAAGGAAGCAAUGUACUGAUGAGUUAACAUAGCCUAAACUUUUGAUAUCAUCGGAAUCAAAUCCAAAUUUUAGUUUGUUAAGAAUGAUAACUUUUUUCUAAGAGAAAAGAAUUAUUUACUUUCUAUUCGGUUUAAAAUUAAUUAAUUUUGGAGCGAAUUGAAAGUAAAGAAAGUAAAGGACUCGUAUAAGAGAAAAGCUGCCUAAUGAAAGAAGUAUAGCAAUAUUCAAUGGACCAAAAAUAUAUAAUAUUAAACGAAAGAAAAGAAAAAAAGAACUAAAGAGACACAAAAAACAUUGGUACCAUUAACCUGACUGUACCACACAACCGUUAGAAUUUGUAAAGGAAAAAAAGAGUUUUCAUAUUUUUUCAAUAGUAUUAUUAAGUAUAAAAUAUGUGGAUUUAUAUA